AGAAGACCGGUCUUGAGUGUCUUGAUGUGCUGCAUGCUGAUUUGAUUAUGUGUAUCUCUUUCGUCUCUGUCACGCUCCCACCUUUCUGCAUUUGUCUGAAAGCAAUCUUAUAGAUGUAUAUACAAUACUUGAUGUACAUUCCCGAUCGAUCCGAAGAACGUUCUUACCCCAGGAAGAAAUGUCAUCUGAGUGAUCUCUAUACCAAUCGUCGAUUGAUAUAAUUCUUGGCAAAAGUUCACAUCGAUAUAUCCGACCACAUCGGACGAACAGGUGCGCGGACUCGUGUCUGCUAAUCAACCUUCCAAAACAGUCUUCCUAACCAACAUGGUGGGGCCCUGAAAGGGAUCCACGGAGUGCUGUCUCCGUAGGGUUUCCCAGGUCCAAAUUUCUGAUCAGGAAGCCUUUUGCUUCCUGUCCUUUGGCAGAGAAUUGCUGGUGUCAAGAUGCAGACGCCAGCAUACAUUCUGGAUGAAUUUGCCUACUUUACUGCUUCUGAGCGCGCUGAGCGCAUGGCGGGUACGUUGCUGCAGUUCCAGACGCGCAUGUCUGAGACUAAUGGCCGUGUGCUCGGUCGUGUGCUUGAUAUGAUUGAAGCGAGUGAAGGGGACGAAGCACUACAUCUCGACAUGCUGGCGACGCAUAUGAGCAAAUACCACUCUACAUACCUGCAGUACUCGCCCUGGAAGAACGGAUAUACCUUGCUGGACGGAACCGAGAUCAACUCGAUGAGUGCCUAUAGAGCAUACUACAGCCGCAAGAAUGGUCUCCUACCCCAUAGCCGCACCAACGACGGCCUCUUGAGCGAUGAAGAUGCAUCGACCCUCUUGCAUUGUCUGGCGAACCUACAAUGGGCCGUAAGAGAACACGCAGAUAAAGGCUGGCUUGGAGAAACGGCACAUACUCUGGAGCUACCCGCAGACUACUGCGAACUGCUCAAGCACGUUCGCGGUAUCGGGUACGAGAACUGGGACAGGCAAAUGUUCAUCCCCGACAUCGACGCAUCCGUCUUGCAAAGGAUUGAAGACUUGGCCCUCGAGGCAGAUGAACUGUCCGAUCUCGACUGCACGGCUGAUUUUCGAUUGGCUGCCGGAUGGAUCAUGGGAGAAAACGAGCACGGCUCGCAAAUCAUAUAUGCCGUCUCGCGGCACACAGGUGUUGUUGAGCCCUGGCGCUGGAGAAUCUUCGUCGAAGCGAAUUUUCCGCAUACCAAUGUCUUUGAAAACGUGGAGGAAUUCUUGAUCUGGUUGUCAAGUGCUGAUGACUGGAUUGAUUGGAGCGGUGUUCGGGAAUCUGUCGGCGAGGUCCACAAGAUAUGCGCGAUACGCCGGACAGAGGAGGCCGAACACAAAGAGACGCUGGAGCAAUUGGGAAAUUACAAGCUUGGAUGACCUAGAAGGCGGCGCUUUCGUCCGCAGGGACGAUAUGCACAUUCGUGUUUGACAGCAAUCUCUCUUGACCACGGAUGAACCUCGCGAAAGCAGCGUCAAAUCCCAGAAGAUCGCCAGUCGCGCCAUAACAAGUCUGCACAGCAGUCCAGGCAGGAAGUGACGUUAGUGAAUUCGCGAGACUCUACUUCAGUUGUCAACAAGCAUGCGCGUAUAAUCAAAGCAUCCGGAACAAUCCCGCGUCAACAUAUCGCGAGAAUCGCAA